CCAAAUAUUUUACUUGUGCCCACUCUUGAUAUUGACUUGGGUUGGCAUACACAUCAAAUUCACGCAUCACUUUACCGCGCGUUCACCCAAAAGCAUAUAGGACGAAUCAUUAAUCAUGGCGAUACGCUAGCUAAGAGAACGUUGUCAGAUGGAUUUGCAACUACGGCACGAUCUUGGUAUAAGAAAUAUCAUGAACCGUGCAUG